AUGGGUGCUGUACAGCUUAACACCCACAAUGCACUGCUGCUGGCGGCUGUGUUCCUAAGUCUAGCGUCCUUCGCUUCAGCGGGAUUCGGCGGUGGAGAGUGCACCUUCAACACUAAAGGUAGCUGUGAGUACCAGGGUCAAACCUUCGGUAUUGGUGAAAGCUGGAUCACUAAAGAUUGCUACCAGUGUGUGUGUAUGGAACCGUUUGGCGUGGGCUGCUGUGAUCACAAUCCGCAACCAGUAGAUUAUCCAGACUGGUGUGAGGUGAUCCGGAAGCCAGAUUCAUGCUCCAGCGUGGUGGUCAUGAAGGCCAAUCACAAGCUUUCAUGCCUGUUUGAAAAGUGGGGGAAACGGCCAGACGCCUGGAAGUCCGACAACGACCCGAUAUUCUUUAAAUGA